CUCUCUCUACCUCCCACAGUCAUGACGUCAGGCGCUGCUCUUGCGAUAGCCCUAUUGGUUGUCUUCAUCGCGCCGAAUGUGACGUCACAGCCAUACGUCCAACCAAAUGUCCGCACUGCGCAGCCACUCAGCCACUUAGAUACCGCCACGUCACAACCUUCUAGUCAAUCAAGACGCGAGAAUUUCGAAUGGAACACGAGGAGGGUUGGGAACAAAAAGGUCGCAACUAUAUCAAUACGAAAGGACGAGGAGCGCGACCGCCGGAGCGUGCCCCUGGGCGACGUCCGCGUCCCCUUCCACAAGCCGCCCACCGCGAGCGGGGCCGAGGACCUGGCCAAGCCCUUGCACGCCCACCGACACCAUCAUGGGGAUAACCAAUGGGGGGCUGAGGGGGGACGAGGAGGAGAAGGAGGGGGGAGAAGACGAGUAGAGGAGGAAGAGGACUAUGUCGACGACGAGAGAAUAAGGGGAGGAUGGGCGGCCAGGGGCGGCGUGGACGCCCCCCCGCGGCAUCUGGUGGCGAGGACGGGGGCCUUACAGCAGCUGCAGGACGAAACCUCGGAGGAGGAGGACGAAGAGGAAGAAGAAGAGGACGACGAGGAGGACGAAGAGGGCGAUGACGAGGUCCGGGCGACGGCGCUGGAGGCGUCGGCGCGGUUCCAUGAGCUGCUGUACGCCACGGGCAUGCGCGCCGACUCGCUUGUGUUCAGCAACGCGUCGGAGGAGCAGGAGCAGGACGACGGGGGGGCCAGGAAGAGGAGGAAGAGGGGCAAGAGGGGCAAGAAGGUCAAGAGGGAUAGGAAGAAGAGGGGCAAGGACGGCAAGAAGAAAAAGAAGCAUAGGAAGAAGGUUAAGAGCAAGAAGUGUAAGAAGCUGAAAGGGAAGCUGAAGAAGAAAUGCAAGAAGGACGAGGAGAUGUUCAGCUUCAUCACCAGGAGAAUCACAAUGAGUGGCAGCGAAGCGUGCCAGUAUCACAACCUCGUGGAGUGUUACAAGAAGGUCGGUCUGGUGAAUAACAACACAUCCUUGGUCAAGUGUCGCUAUAGAGAGGACUUCCUUGAGUGCAUGGAGGAGCAGCGCGAGGGGGUAUGCGACCCCAACUUCCAGACGAAGGGCGACAUGGUGGCGCUCAGGAACAGAAUUCGGGAUGAGAUCUGGACCACCAACAGCUGCCUCAUGACCGAAGUCGUCGAGGGAUGAAAAGUCGUCGUCGUCGUCCUUGAGAAGUGGUCGUUUGGAGGAGAGGAAAGGAGAGAGAGAAAGGAGUAGGGCCGAGGAGUCAAUGCCUGUCGCUGCGGCUGCCUCCGCCUCGUUUCCGAAGUCGUCGAGGAAUGAACGAUGAAGAGAGAGCAGGGACCGAGAAAGAUAGAGAGAAUAAAAGGAUAGAAGGAGAUAAUAGUGAUAAAGGUUAAUGGGAAAGUCAUCGAGGUAUAAAAGAUAAAGAGAGGGAAUGGACAGAACAUGAGAGAAGGGGCAGCAGAUGAUAAGGGAUAUAAAUCGUCGUCGAUUUAGGGAAGUCGAUUAGAGAGGACAGAAGAAGUGAGAGAAAGGAUAGAAGGAGAGAACAAAAGCAGUAGUGGCUUGCUGGUGUAGGUGACAUAUAGACUAUAUAAGAAAAGGAACUUGGAAACAGAGUUGAACUUGUGACUGAUUCUACGGAAGAAGACGACAAGAACAUUUGUUAUUGGAAUGAACCCUCGCGAGUGCCUAGGUCUCGAGACAUAUUCUGAUACUUAUAUUUUUCUCCUUAUCUCUUUUCCUGUGAAACAAAAGCUCAAAAAAAACUUAAAAUGGAAAUAGUGGAAUCUGAAUCCUGUGUGAAAAAGCAUCAACUGGAAGCCAAGAAACGCGCGUUAGAAUUAUCGUUGUGUCCAAGAGAACGGCUUGUGAUACGUGCAUGUAAUUACUGUAUGUAUUCGUGAACACGUGAAUGACUGUGUGUGUGUGUGUGUGUGUGUGUGUGUGUGUGUGUGUGUGUGUGUGUGUGUGUGUGUGUGUGCGUGCGUGCGUGCGUGUGUGCGCGCGCGUGUGUGUGUAUGAUUGCAUUUUUGAUCUGCAUUUCAGACAUUUAUCAGUGUCUUGAAGCCACAGCGUUGUUUAAAAUAGGUGGAGCGGUAAAUCAAAGGUGUUUGGUUGUCAAAUCACCACUCUUUGUUUUGUAAAUAUAACCGUUAUUGUAAUCCAUAACUUAGAUAUCAAUAUAUAUAUUUUUGUCUCUCAGAUCUUGCCCGUGUUAGGUUCCUUUCUCCCAAGUUUAUGGCAACUGCUUUGUUAUUAGGGUGUAGCAUUUGUUUCUUCAUUUUGUAUUUAUCAAUUUCAUUAUCAAUUCUUUAUUAUUAUUUAUUGAUUUGUUGCCUUCGUCGUGUAAGUAUAUUAGUCCUAAAUUUAUGUAUAUUAUUUUGUAGAAUGGAAUAUUAAUGGCCACGGUGAAGUUGCUUUAUACAAAUAUAUGUAUAUGUUUAAGCAUUGAAUGUAGUUGUUUGUAAAACUACACCGUCUGAGUUAUAUUAUUUCAUCGUCAUGAUGAUUGCCAGUAGGUUUAAUUUUAUAUUUUGUCAUGCAUCCUCAUAAAUCUCAUGAUAAUUCAGAUAAUGAUUUUUAUAUAGGGUCCAUAUUUGUAUUACUGACAUUAUUAUUAUUUUUUAAUAUUACCACUAAUGUGGUAAUAAUCACUAUCACCACAGUUAAAAGUUAUAAGCACUCUCCAGUAUGCCAUGACGCAAGUGGAAAAAAAUGUGAUAAUUAGGAACCAAAGAGCACAAGACAACUAGAAAUUAAGCGGCAGUUAAUCAGAACCGAAUUCCAGGACCGUGCAGCACUGUUGACUUACGCGCUUGUGGUUGUGUGGUUGCUUUCUAUACAGCAUAGUGUAAGGAAAGAAGGAUCUGGAUAAAUCGCCAAUAUAAACUUAUUCCUUUUCCGUCUUCCAUCUCGCUAUUCUACUUCUCAUCCUCCGGCCUAUUUCCCUCUCUCCUCCUCCUCUUUCUUCUCUCUCCUCCUUCUCCUUCUUCCUUCACUCUUUUAUUUUCCCUCUUCUUCACUUCACCUUUCAUCUCCCCUUCCUCAUCUCCUUGUUACGUUAAUAGCAUUAACAUUUAUUGUGUGCAGUUUGAUUCCAGAUAGUUAUUUAUUAAUAGUGGUAGCAGUAGUCGUGGUUAGUAGUUGUGACAACAGGAGGGCUCCCGCUACUGUUACUAUUACUAUUACUAUUUCUAUAAUCAUCACUGCAUAGAAUUACGAAUAAUUUUUCUGCCUUCGUUGUCUUAAAGUUGCUUCGUAUUUAGGACACAUUAACGGUUAUAAAUGUUCUCACUUUCUUACGUUCUUGUUUUCUUAAGAGCAUCGAACAAAGGCAGAUAAUUAAUGUAGCAAUUAAUCUUUAUAAAGAAAUUUAAACAACACAUAUGCAGGGAUUGGAAGAAUUGUAGACUGUGAAAAAAUAACUGAGGCAUGUUUUCAUAUUUAAACCCGUGUGGCGUGAUGAAGGAAAUGAUGCCAGAACAAUUACUGACUGGAGUGUCUCUCUACAAUCAAAAAUAAUCAUUUCAGGCUCAUGGUGACGUGGCAUACUGGUAUAUAACAACUCACGCGUCAAAGUCAUUUUGCUGUAUUUUCAAAAAUGUCCUUAUAAUGUUUUCCUUUUUCUUUUACAAUUCAUGUGUUGAUCAGUAUCUGGGUUUGUGAAAAACACGAGAAUGUUUUUGUGACGUAUAAUAUUUCUUGCUUCGAGAUCAUACAAGACUAUCCUUUCA